AUGGACACAUCGAAUGCAUCCGGGGUGCGGGGUACCACGACUAUGGAUCGUUGCACGCCCAUGCCUUCCACAGCUGCGUUUCGUGACCUGCUUAUAUUUGAAGAGCGGCUAAAGCAGAAUGCAGCGCGCUUAAAGAACCGUAAGCAAAAGUAUCAAGCUUUCCUCGCGUUCUUGGUCACGUUUAUUUUGUAUAUGUUGUACACCGUAUUACGUGCUUCAUCCGAGCGCAACGUAUUGUAUUACAUACGUGUAGGAUUGCUAUGGAUUGGAUGCAUGAUGCUCUUCCUCUUUUUCGCCAGUGGCUACUAUGCUGAUGCUAUCCGCACCGCCAAUGAAUUCGUACCUCAGGCCAAUCGAUCUCUACACACAUUUAACAUGCAUUUACAUAUGCCGCGAUCGUCGUGGAUGGGUUCAUGGCGAAUGCCAUGGUCCUCUCCGUCUUUGAACGGCGGCGACGCGUCAGGCGAGACCCGUGCGUGCCAUGGGCCUUUCUCAGAUGGUCGUCGCCCGCGGUCCAUAUUCCCACACCAUGGGACGCCUACAACCUCACCGCCCCCAAACGAGCGAGGCGAACUUAUUUUUUCAUCUCGUGUGGAUCACGACUUCCGUGAGGGGUACGAACGCUAUCGAAAUGCAUUUGAACGCAAACGACACGAGAAGAUCAAAGCACAGCAGCGCCAUCAGCCAGCGCUAUGGGACUCAUGGCCUUUCUUCAAGAAGUAA